ACAUCCUUCAAUAUUCCUAGUACUUUAAACUGCAGCUAUUCUUGUAGCUCCAUAUCACAUCUUCAACCUUCUCCUCCUGUGGGAUAUCAUUCAUACAACCCCGGAUUCCUUCAGGUUUACAUUCGCCGCGGUUCAAGUCCUCGUUCUCCACAGUCAUCGACUCAGAUUCUGUAUGAAAUAUCACACCACAUUUCAGGGAUUUUUAUUACACAUCUCCAAGCCGUGAUCUGCCAGUACUUGGUCCUAUAAGCCAUCAUUCGAGUCACUUUUUCAGCCCCCAACCGUUCCAAGUUAUUCACCCCUUCCAUAUCACCUUUGUACUCCUGAUCUCUCUUCUCUAUUCUUAUAAACAACAUGGAGUUAUUAACCCCCCAAUCCACUCGUUCCCCAACGCCGCCAUUCACUUUCUCAGGCAACUCACAGCCACUCUUUGAAUAUCCUUCGCCGGCUCAAAGUGAAUCAAGAUACGGAUCGACGGAUUCCAUCCAAGGCUUGGAAAUCUAUUCUUGCUCUAUGUCAGGGUCUCCGCCGGCAAUGGAGAAUCAAGAUGCUAGCUUGCAUUCAGGAGACCUCUCUUCUGUAACCUCCAACAGCUGGGCAGAUACCAUUUUGCAAAGCCGUGAUACGCCUAGAUCAUCCAGGUCAAUGCCUAAUAUUCUCUCCGCGGAGUAUGAUCCGUUUGCCUCGUAUAAUCCGGCAGUAUCAAUUCCUUUCACUACUGAUAUAUAUACCACUUCCCAAACUGUUGAAACGUCUAUUCUUUCAACUUCUCCACUUCAGUCCGGUAACAACUCUCAUCGCUCUUCACUAUCUUCUGCUCCACCUUCAGAGAUCUUUACUCAGGCCGGGUCGAUACAUUCCUACACUCCACGCAUCAAGAUGGAAGACCACUCAGAAUAUGUUCCCAGUAGUGACUCUUUCACAUUAGGCUCCCCUCACAAUGGCCAGCAUCCAUUUGUUGGUGCAGUGACUACCUACUCAGGGACUCUCGAGACAUCUUACUACGACCAAUCCCCGUGGGCACAAAAGGUGGAAUACACCUCUACUGAUUUACCACCAUUCUCCGCGCUCCCAAUUCCAACUUACGAGAGGCGAUCCGAAAGUCAGGAUAGAUUAUCGUCACAGGAUCUUCGACGUCCAAGUGUAGUAGCACGGACGAGGGGACCUCGAAAGCUCACCACCAAGGAAGAUGCAAAUUUCCAGUGUCACGUUAAGGGAUGUGGAAAGCUCUUUGGCCGUAGCUACAAUUACAAGGCUCACAUGGAAACUCACGAUGUGGAUCGAGAGUAUCCUUUUCCAUGUCCUGUGGAGAACUGUACCAAGAAAUUCGUCCGAAAGACGGACCUCCAGCGUCACAACCAGAGUGUUCACAUGAAGCAACGAAAUCAUAAAUGUGACUAUUGCAGCAGAUUCUUUGCAAGGAAAGACACACUCAGAAGGUGCGCCCCCACAUCACUCUCUAAAUUUUACUAUUAGGCUCAAGCUAACAACUACAACAGACAUAUGGAAGACGGUUGUUCCAAACGCUUCGACAUCGAAACCGUCGAUUUCAGACCUCAAAACUACACCAUGGACAGCAAUUCAACGCACACACUAAAGCUAGUACUCCCGCCUCACCCAGACCAAAUGGGACGAGCUCCAUCUUACAUUCAAAACUCCCACUAUUCGCCACCUCCACACAGCGGAAGCUCCGUUCAUGCGCAUCACGACGCUAUGGUUAGUCCUCUCACAUCAGCCUCGUCAGGGGCUCAAUACCUUAUGACGACAAGCUCGGAACAUCACAAUCAGGAGCCUGUGUGGAGCAGCCAAUAGAUUACACUGCUACUUUUGGUUGGGGUGGAGGCGGCGGCGCAGGAGGAGAUGUGAGAGGAUAUGAGAAUAAUCGCAUGGCGGGAAAGAUACCAUUGGCAUGCAUAGAAGUUUCCGAGUUUGAUUUAAGAGUGUUUCAAUCACUUUCUCUUUCGUCAUACACAUCACAUCAUAUUGGAAGAAUUACGAAAAGCGAUCUAUAUGUUUUUGGAUGGUUCAGCGCUUCGAUUCAGAUUCAGGUCCAGAUUCAGAUUCAUCAGUCAUCCAUCACUUCAUCAAUUAUAAAUUUUCUUUCCAGAAACAAACAGACGU